UUAUAGCCGUCGACGGAGUUGUCGCAUCGCGCGACCCACUCGCCGUCCGUUCGCUCUCUCUCUCUCUCUCGCUCGGUCGCUCGCUCGGUCUCUGUCUCUCGAGGUAUGCGCCUCGCUGCGGCAGUUUUCGGUUAAUUUCGACGAGCGGCCUGCCUUCUUUGCCUGUUUCUCGCCUCGAAAUUACGGGAAGGGGGGUAGGGGACACGCGGACCCGUCAAUCGCUCGCGCCGGGCCUCUCGCUCGGUCGCGCUUAUUUUUGGCCGACCUCGGGCCGCAAGCUUUUCCGAUCCAUCGCCGGCGAUCAUUACGUAGGUAACGAAUCGCGCUUUGUCCUCGACUCGUUAACGCCAAUGUGUGUGCGUGCGUGCGUGCGUGCGUGCGUGGUUGCGUGCAGCGCGCUGCCAGUGAGAUCAGCGCCGAAAGGAAGUGAGCGUCGAUGACGAAGUGCGUAAUCGGCCGCGAAGAGGCGAAGACCGCGGCGCGGCUGCUCCUCGGCGAGCCAGCUUCGAAGAGGAAAAAGGGAGGAGAAAAAGGCCGGCCGCGACGCGCCCGCUGUCUGCCAGCGCGCCUCCGUGUGCACGAACGCGCGGCAGCGCUCGAACGGGACGCGAGAUAUGCGAUUUCAAUUGAUACAGGCGCAGAGAUUCUUGCGUCACCGAGCGCUCGACCGGUCGGACGAUGCAGCAGAAUGUUGUUGUUUUGUUGCUCGGCUUUGUUUGGCCGCUCCACGCGUGGCCCCGUUAGCCGCGGGCGCCUCUAGCUCGAGCGACGAGCUCUAGAUAGAAUCGGAGCGCUUUCUUACGCGCGAAAAUCGAUCUGCUUAACAGUUUGGCGUAAAAUCGCAAAAUUCCCGCGACAAAACUUCUUGCCGCGCGGUUAUUUCUAGAGGCGCUUUAAGAAGAGUCGAUAGCUCUUUUAACGCGUAUUUCAUUGCCUUCGGAGUCCCCUUGCCGUUUCGAUCGUGCGAAAUAACGAACGCUUUGUCAUUUUCCGCGUGACUUGAAUUAAUGGCAAAGCAAAUAACAGGCUUGUUAAGAUCGAGCGACUGUGCCAAAUUAAGAGCAACAAUGUUCGAAUUAAAAGUAAUGCCGAUCGCGCAGACCUUGUUUGUCCAAUUUCGCGCAACGUCAUAAUGAUUCUUCGUUUAUGAAAUUGAAUCUUAAUCCAGCUUUAUCGCGUUUCGCGCGCGUGAUUUAGCAGGGCAAUGAACUGCACCAAGCAGUACAGACUAAUAUUUCCGAAGACUAGUCGACAAUAGUGAACCGAGCUAUAUGCCAGAUAUCGGAUGAAGAACAUCGACGGAUAUAGAUUGCGGAUGAAUUAUUUUUUGAAGCGAUCGUAAAGACAAAGUUGGAUGUUCAAACGAAACAUAUCGAGGUAAUAGCCUUGUGAAAACAGGAUGAAGGCUCUUGAUUCGUUGCAUUCACGGAGUCAGUUGCCUGAAGUAGAGUGUGCUGGACUGGCAAGUCCUAUUAUCAACGCAAUAGAUCUAAGUGGAGAGGAAGCAGUUUACAGUAUUGUGAUCCAAGCGUAGUACCUAGUAAGACGCGCUGGAAAGCGCGUUUACAUUUUCACGCGGAUAGAAAAGUAUGUGGACGGUUGAUCGAAUGACAAUUGAUUGAAUCUUUCCUGUCAACGUAUAAUUUGUCGUAAUAUCGAGACUCGUAGUUUAACUGAGAAUCCAAGAAUUUCUAUAUCGACUCCACAGAGCUACAGAAAACAAAAGAAACAAAAACUGGUCGCAAUGGAAGCUGCAGCUAUGCCACAUUUGGGUCAAGCCGCUUCGGCAGCUUGUAAAAUGGCUUCAAACUUUUUGGCUCCUGUGAAAACAGAAUGUCAGAUUUAUGAAAAUUCUAUGCUAGAAGAUGAUCCUAAUGCUAAUUCCGAAACGAUCGCGCCUAUAUCAACCGAAGAAAGAUCGGCUCCACGAUGGGGUCCGAAUCAUAAAGGGGCGCAAGAGCUGGCUGGUUUAUAUAGUAGAGGGAAAAGAAUUCAAGAAAUAAUUUGCCUGUCUUUUUGCAUAACUCUGAUGGCUCUCAACUUUCUGUUUAUACUUGUACGAAUAAAAUUGGAAAACUUGAGUUCAAUCAUUGUCGCAGCAUUAUGUGGAGUUGUCACGGCUGAUUUUAUUUCUGGUUUUGCACACUGGGCAGCAGACACGUGGGGAUCUAUCGAGCUGCCAAUUGUAGGAAAGAAUUUUCUCAGACCGUUUCGUGAACAUCAUAUCGACCCAACUAGUAUUACGAGGCAUGAUUUUAUAGAAACAAAUGGUGAUACAUUUGCAGUUACCAUACCAGUGCUGUGCAAAUUGACGUGGGACUUUAUUUUCUUGCCUGAAGCAGAAAUCCAAAGAAAAUUCUUCUGGAUAGGUUUUUGGUUUCAACUGACGAUAUUUGUAGCGUUGACUAAUCAAAUUCACAAAUGGUCUCACACUUACUUUGGGCUACCUUCAUACGUUGUUUGGCUGCAGGAUCAUCGAAUAAUCUUACCCAGACGGCAUCAUCGUAUUCAUCACGUUGCACCGCAUGAAACGUAUUUUUGUAUUACAACUGGUUGGUUGAACUGGCCUUUGGAAAAACUGCAUUUUUGGUACAUUUUAGAGUGCGUCAUAGAAGCUACGACGGGCUGUAAACCUCGAGCGGACGAUAUGAAAUGGGCCCAGAAGCGUUCUUGAGGUACUAACCAAGCGGCAUUUGUUUUUGAUAAUAAUUUUGCAUCGGCAAACUUAUCAAUUUUUCUAAUCAUACGAUUGAUAUCGAAUCAUUUUUCACGUUUCGAUUGGUAUUUUCGUUGGUUCUUAUUUUUGUAAACCAAUAACAAGUAUUCUCAAGAUGCUCCGCGAAACGGUCACGCAAUAAUAUUGUUAAAGCGUGUAUUUUGUAUUGGAAGGAAUGCCGAUUAUAAAAGCCUUAAAAGACUGCAUGAAGCGUAACGGAAUAACGGACUAUAAGGUAUUGAAUGCAUACACAAAAAGAAUGAGUGUGUGUGAACAUUUUAGAUGAUACAAAUAGACGAGUAUUUACAAGAAAAAUUCUUUAGUCAUGAAAAUAUUGCAGUUACGUAUAGGAUAUUAAUGUUGAAUAUCGACGGAGUUUAAACACAAAGUGCAUAUUUAAAUACAAUUUUUACGAAAGCGAUACUAUAUUCUAAAUGUAAAAGUAUAAUUUUUUCAAUAAGUAUAGUAAUGACAGUCCGAGAAUAUUUUUCCAAGAAAAAUUUAAUAGUAAAUUUAAAUAUUUUAUGAACUCGAACUGCAACUUUUAUGUCAGCAGUGGAUAUCGAAUGAACUAGUAGUCAGAACGUCGCGUGGUUAAUAUAAGCUUCUGAUAUAAAAUUUAUACGUAGGUAUGACACGCGUGUCAAGACGAUGAAGAUUUUUUAUAUUAUUAAACGUAUGCGCUUGGCCAAUUUACAUUACCUUUAUUCGGACAUGCAUCGCACAAAAUUUCCCUGAACCUCUUAUAUUCACAGAACAAUUUCAAUCAGAUUUAUAAUUAAUAAGUGCUUCAUGAUGUUUUGUUGUUCAACCGUUUUAUGGAUACACACUGUUAUGAUCAAAGAUAAGUUAUCCCGAUAUUCAAUUUGUAUGUAACGUGUUUUUUAUAUUUUACAAAUUUUAGAUUCUUUUUUAUUCAUGUUUUAUUUUCAUAGAUAUAUUUGGCGUUUCAAUGGAUAAUUCAAGAUAAUUGAACGUACUCAAGCGGUUGACAUUUUGAUAUUAGGAGGAAUUUGCACACUUGCACAUUUUUUACGUUAUUUUAUAUCGGAAGCAUUAUUUCAAAAUCUAAUUAUCUUUAAGUCUUUCUUUAGUUUAUACAUAGUUGUUACUCACGAAUAAAAUUUAAUCGAGCAAUUUUUGAAACUACUCGUAAUUAUUCCAUAAUACUGUUUCAUACAAUUUCUUUUCUGCAACUUCCACCUAGAUUACCAUUCUCAGAGCACAAUAUGUAUUUAAAAAAAUGUAAGGUGUUAAGUACGCAUACAGCUAGAAGGUUCAGGGACCAAAGAAAUGGUUAAUUAAAGCGGUUUAUAAUGAUAUCGCUAAAAAAAGUUUGACACAAAGUGCUAACGAAUAAACGCGUUUGUAAAUAACGCAAUGCUGUAUUAAUAAAAAUUUUUAAUGUAGUUAUUUAUAGCAACAAAUUCAUGUAACAUAGUUCCUUUUAUUUGGAAUGGAUCGAGUUUAUGAACAAAGUUAUUGCUAUCAAAAAUGUUUAUAUUGUGGCAGCUUCUGUUCCAAAGAAAACUAUAAUAUAUUGCUUGUUAUAUUGUUAAUGCAAAAGAUUUUAUUUGAAUAAAAUUUUAUAUUUUUACAAUUUCGACGUUCGCAAGUUUACCAAUUUUAUAUAUUUUGAAAAUAUAUUACCUAAAUACAAAGAAUUAUUGAUCGGAAUUGAUUUGUUAAAUUAAAGAAGAGCACAUUUGCAUAAUGGAACAUAAUUUUCAAUUUAAUUUUAAUAACCUGUAUUUUUUCUAUUCAUCAAAAUCUUUCACAUUGCAAAAAAUAAAAAACAGUUUAACAAACCGCUCAUCAGUUUGCCUAAAUUUUUGUGUCAAUUUUAUACAACUUCAAAAAAUAGUUUUGAUGCUUUUGCGCAUUGGUAGCGAAGCAAUACACAAAGAUUACAAUAAUAAAAAAAUUUUACUUCUUUAAAAUUUUUUUCACGAGAAAAGAUUAAUAAUACUUCUCACGCUUAAGUUCUCUAACUAUAUUUGUGUGAUAUCAAACAAACAAUAGUAAAUGUUUUCAUUCUAAUUAACGAUGAAAGUAAUAAUUUUGAUGCGCAUAUAUAUUUUGAACGACGUCAUAAUUUAGCAUUUAAUUUUUAUGAAAAUCUUUUAACUAUUGAUAGUAAAGUGUAGUAGUAUACACAGAAAAGUCCAUGCACACGAGAAUGAGGAGGCUUGAAUUAAAAUAAGAAAAAAGUGUCUGUGCUUACUGCAAGCGAAAUAUUUAUAAAUGUAUACAAAAAUUAGACUAUGUCUGAGGCAGAAUAAACAAAAUACGAUGAAAUCUUGAAACUCCGAAGUCUGCAUAAUUAUGUAAAGAUUUUUACGAACACGAUAAUAGCACGUACGUCAGAUAAAAGCUUCAAUUAUCUGUAACUUUUUAUUCCACUGAAUACAUCAUUGGAGUAAAUAAAACAUAUUUAAAUUAAAAGUCUGUAAAUUGCUUCAGGAAAUUGAAACGACGUAAUUUUAUAUUUUAGAAGUUUCCGUAUUUUAUAACAAUUUAAAUAACACGAUUUCUACUUUGUUAGUAAUGCAUUGAGUGAUGAGAAAGCUACGUCAUUUUGUAUAAAUAGCUGUAUAAUGCUGCGUUUAAAGAAAGUUACAGGACAAUGAUAACGUGAAUAGAAAUGUUCAUUCAAAAUAAACAUAGUACCAAAUAUUUGACCUUUUCAGAAUCUCUUAAAUUAGAAUAUAUUUACAAUUUGUCAAUCCGCUGUAAUCAGUUUUUUAAACUGGCUUCAGAAAUUAUAUACAUCUUAAUAGCCUGAGUUAACGAUAAAAUAUUUUAAUAAAAAAAUGUCAUUUAAUGCUAUGAGCGGAAAUAAAAAUAUGACUUCUA